UCCUUGGCUUCCAAGUGACGAAACCAGCUGUAAUUUGAGAGCUGAGAGAUCCUCAGGAUAUCAUUAGCCAAAGGAAAAGCUCCGCAUUCCCACCCAGUCCAGGAGCUGAAAUACUAUCCCAGGGCAAGAGCCUUUCUCUCCAGCUACAGGCUCCAACUCCCCGGGGCAAGGGGGAACUCGGAGAGCGAGAGUGGCGCAGCGGAGCCAAAGUCCUGCAAGAGCCCUGGAGGAGGGGAUCCCUAUCCGCGCCGGGAUCCCUCCAGGAAAGAGGAGGCUGAGUUCUAGUCACCCGAUCCAGCGCAGGAGCUCAGAGCGACUGUGCAUCCUGCGCUGCUGGCUGCGGGGGCUGCUACCCAGGCUCUUGUGCCGCAGCCACAUGAAGCCAGCUGGGGAAGGGGGGCCAGGGUGCAGCAAGCCAGCUGGGAUUGAGGCUGACGCCGCCGUCUCUGGGAAGCAUUGACUUCCAAGGGGACCCCCUUCCUUGUUUCCCGGGCAAAAAGUCUUCUCCAGGGGUCCCCUUUCAUUCUGAACAUCCAGGAUGGUGUUCCUGAAGUUCCUCUGGAUGGGUUUUCUGUGCCACCUGUGUCAGGGCUACUUCGAUGGUCCUCUCUACCCAGAGAUGUCCAAUGGGACUCUGCACCACUACUUUGUGCCCGACGGGGACUACGAGGAGAACGAUGACCCCGAGAAGUGCCAGCUGCUCUUCAGGGUGAGUGACCACCGGCGCUGCUCCCAGGGGGAGGGUAGCCCGGCCAGCAGUCUGCUGAGCCUCACCCUGCGGGAGGAAUUCACGGUGCUGGGCCGCCAGGUGGAGGACGCCGGGCGCGUCCUGGAGGGCAUCAGUAAGAGCAUCUCCUACGACCUGGACGGGGAGGAGAGCUAUGGCAAGUACCUGCGGCGGGAGUCCCACCAGAUCGGGGACGCUUACUCCAAUUCGGACAAGUCCCUCACUGAGCUGGAAAGCAAGUUCAAGCAGGGCCAGGAACAGGACAGCCGGCAAGAGAGUCGGCUCAACGAGGACUUCUUAGGGAUGCUGGUCCACACCAGGUCCCUGCUGAAGGAAACGCUUGACAUCUCUGUGGGGCUCAGGGACAAAUACGAGCUGCUGGCCCUCACCAUCAGGAGCCAUGGGACCCGGCUAGGUCGGCUGAAAAAUGACUAUCUUAAAGUGUAGGUGGAAGAAAGCACUGCCUGCGGAGAGGGCAUCAAAUCAAACCCCAUAGUGGAGGGUGGGGGACAGAAGAUGGGGCUAACUUUUUCCUUAUACUUAUGAUUUUUUAAUAACCAGAUUUGCACUUGGAGAAUGAUCAGAAGUGAUCUUUAAAAAGCAAGAACUGAGAGUUGAAUGAUUUUAGUUUUGUACAUUAUUUAUGUGAUUGUUAUUGAUUUGUCACCUGGAAAGAACAAUGUAAAGCCUUGCCUCUCACCUUUCCUAGAAGGGCUUUAUAAACUCUGCAGCGACACCUGUUUCAGCCACAUCUGAAAGGUCACAGUUUAUGCAGUAGGUACUGAUUAAACCUCCCCAUCCUGGAGAUUAUGUGAGAAUACCCAGGGAGCAUGUGCACAGCUCCUUUCCAUUUUCAGCCUUCUCUCUUGGGCUCUGAAAGCUGUCAAAGUCGCCUGUUUUGCAGAUGAGGUCAGAGGUGCAGCUCGGCAUGCCUGUUUCUUCUCCUUUUCCCUCUUAUUUAUUAACCAUGGUCUCCAAGGUUUUGUUUUUAGUUGAUUUCUUUUUGGUUUUGGUUUUUGAAGUUUUUUUGAAAUAGAGUAUUGGCUUGAAACUAUAAACAAAUCACCUUUUGCAGCAGGAUGAAUAGGGUGCCUCUGUGGGUGUGUAUAAAUUAAAGGGUCCACGUUUAGGGAGUCUAAGCCAUGUGGUGGUUAUGCACUUCUAAUGAUAUGCUGAUUUGCUGUGUCUCUCAUUGUGCGUCUGUGUCAUCAGAACUGCAGGUACAUUACAGAGAAGCAGGUAAAUUGUCCUGACACCACCUUUAGGUUACCAGUGUAUUCUUUCUCAUUUGGAGGUUUUACUUCUGUUUGCUUAUUGGAAGCUUGUACUUCAAGUAGGGGGAAUUCUAAUUCUCAUAAUUCCUUAACUGAUUUUUAUUAUUCAGCCAAUAAAUAUGUUCUUGUAUAAUAUUUGCUUAUUUUCUAAUUUAUAUCCAUAAUUUUUAUACUUUAAAGAGGGGCCAAUGCAAAAGGAAAGAGAAGGCUAAUAUUUAAGCCAGUUUACUUUGUGUCUAUGAUAAAGAAGGCAAGGAGGCAACCUUCCCUUCCCUGCUACCCUUAUCAUCCUCAAAACAAAACAAAAAAACCUAGGCUAUGCCAGAACUUGAUCUAAGCUGGUCAGCCUAAAAACUCCAAAUUUCUCUAGUUUCCCCCAAAGAAUCAACUGAUAAAGUUUAUGGCAAAGCUCAGAGCCUCUAUGCCCUCAGAAUGCAGAGGGAGGUUUCCAUUCUAAGUUAUAGAAACUACAACAAUGUCUAUUAAUUUUGAAGACAGGUCUACACUAAUUAAUGAUUUUUAAAAGUGGAAAUGCACUCUGUUUCAUCUUUCUCUAGCCAGUCCUCACCCUCAUCUUAAAAAUGCUUUUCUUUCACCCAUAUGCACACAUAUACACACAAACAUUCAGGGAAAUAAGUGUUCAUAAUCUACUCUUCAACAAGAAGGCUUUUUUCUGUCCCGUGCAUGAGGAAUCCAGUUUUCUAUUCCUAUGAAGUGUCCAAUAUCUUCCUAUAACAACAGGAGAAAUGGAGGCCAAGGAAGUAACCGAGCUCCACUGGUACUAACAGCUCCAGGUCCUCCUAGAUUUAAGUACCAGACAUACUGCUCUUCUCUUCUCAAGGAUGCUGAGAGAUGAGAGGGAGUGGCUUGAAGCCUGAGAUCUUGCAUAACUAUUUCAUUGUUUAAAAUUUUAAAAAAGAACAAAAUGUGGAGUAAUACUUAAUCAUUUAUAAUUUCUUUUCGUCACCUAGAGGCCAGCUAUUAGCUGCCUCCAGUGUGCGUGGAGAUCAUUUAAGAUCAUUUAAGAGAGUUUCCUUCUUUAUUCUAUGAAAGAUGAGGGAAAAAAUAAGAGCAGAGGCAAAGGAGAAGAUACUUGGUACUUAAAUGAUUGUAGUUUGUAGUCACAGCACUUCAUCUCUCAAGACUUCUGUAUUACCCACUUCACAGUGAUUGAGUCUAAUCCAUCAUCAUUAACAACAACAAAAUAGCCACCUGUUUUGAGAACUCAGCUCAGAAUUAUUGGUUAGGGCCUGUGCUAAGAACUUUGCCUGGGUAUUUUUCCUUCGAUUCUAACAAUAAACUAUGUGAGGAAAGUAUUAGAUAAAAGGAAUUAAUAUAUGUCAAGGGUUUAGAAUAGUACCUGACACAGAGUGAAUCCUCAAUAAAUGUUCGUUGUUGCUGUUACUAA